GAGGGGGCGAUACUGCGCUAUAGACAUACGCUAUAGAGACUCGAGGGCUCUUUACUACCGAGACUUGAUGGUGGUGUGACAGUGUCACCUGAUCAAGACGCGAGAAUACACCCUUGUACUUUUGGAUAUGUGCCUUUUAAUGUGUGAUCGAUUAAAUACUGGGGCGUGUCUAAUAAUCACAUGUAGAUUAGACAGACUAGUCAUCCCUCCAUCGCGCGCGGCCAUCUGAAUCAUCACAGGGAUUCGUGACACGGAUUUUGCUGGACGAAAAAAAAAUAUGGCCACGACAUCGAGCACUUAACCAAUCUCUCAGAACAAUAACUACCAGAAUGCUACAGCACAACAACAACAAUAACUACCCUUGCCUGGAUGUAGCCCAUAGAGAGCUGCUCCAUGGUUGCAGGCGAAAUGGUACUACAUUCAGCAGUGCCCUUGGAUUUGGUGCAAUCCCACUAAUUAAAGGUCUUAGGGCAUGGGCAGUAAGUGGAGGAUAUUCAAGAAGUAAGAGAAAAGCUGCAGCUUCUUCUCAGCCAUCUGACCGAGUUCAUCAGAGCAGAAUUGGGACCAGCCAUAUGAAGACACAUUCAUUUCAUACACCUGGGGUCAGGCAAGGAGGACUUGGUGCUCUAGUGACUGUGGCCACAUUAAAGGACUCAGAUGGAGGCCGGCAAACCCAGACUCGAUGCCUCUUUCUCAAAGCUGAAGGAUGUAAUUACCUCUGUGCCGUGGGAACCAGAGUGGAUGGAAGAAAAUUGGGAAAAGGGUGUCAGGAUGGUGUAGGAAUUUGUGAUGGCAAACCUGUCAGAAAGUGGAGAAAGUCAAGCAAGAGGCCAAAAUCCAUCUCGGUGGUUGAGAACAAAGAAGGAAUUGCCUCUGCAAAACUGGAACUUUUGGACAAAUGUUCCAUAACACAGUGCCUAAAGGCAAAAAGUGGCCUGACAGCGAGUAACAAUGAUGAAGAUCGUCUAAAUAGGUCAGAGUUUUCCGCUCCACAUGAGAUGUGUGAACCAGACCCGUGCAUCCCCUCUAUCAAAUGUGAUUCUAGCACAGAAAUAAAGGAAGACACAACACAAGCCUCUUGCCCUAAACUCAAUAGCUGUGAGGUUUUUGUGGAACAAAACAUACCCAUUUCUACCAAUGACUGUACUGAUAAGACUACAGAAAUCUGUAAACUUGAGAGUGAUCUUACAGCUGAUAUGAACCUGGAUCAUGUUUUAAAAUCCAAGGAACUUUGUAUGCCAAACUCUGAAGAGCAUAGUCCAGGAUCUGGAGUAGUUACGCAUAACAAAAAUGCAAUCUUAUCCACCAUUAGUCACAGCCACUGUAACACCACAGACACUAUUAAAUAUGAGAUGGACGUUAUAGAAGAAGAUAGAAAUCUGAAUAAAUCCUAUGAAUUUUGUGCAUCUAAAGAGCUUGGGCUAGUGUCUGAAAUAUUUUCAGAGGACACUAAUAAGACAGAUGAAACUUUGUUAACCAUUAGUCAAAGCCACCAUGAGGAGACUAUCAUAACUCCUUUAUUAACAAUUACACAAGUGGAACAGGAGAUAAAGAAGAGAAUAGAUGACAGUUCUGUUAAUCAUGACAUGGAAAAUAUUGUCCAUUUUGGUGAACUGAAGAAAGACACAGGUCAUUUGAGUGAAUUAGCAGAGGAGUACUGGGGGUCCCCUACAUGUUUUUCUCAUUAUAAACAGAACAUUAUGAUGGAAGUAAAUAUGACAUCUGAGGACAGAAAGAAAGUAAACACCACAAAUGAGGCUUUUGAAGAGCUUGCUAAUUCAUUAUCACAAGGUUCUGGCUCUUUCAACGUUGCUAAUGCUAUUACAUCCCUGCCUAAUCCGGCCCCCACCUCAAACACAACUGCCUUUAGAUCCAUAAGUAGGCAGCAACAGGAGGAGACCAAGGGUAUGAGAUUAGCACUAAAACCAGAAUCGGAGCUGCUAGAAAAGCAGGAGAGAGCCCAGGAAGUGGACAAAGUGGCGGACGAAGAGCCUGAAGUGGUGGAUGAGGAAGAUGGGGAUGAGUUUGGAGUCUUUAUGAAGGCAGGAGAUGAGCAGAUCUGGAAUGAAGGAUUCAGUGAGCUAAAAAAAGUGCCUUGUGAGAAGCAUGCUGGCAUUGACAUUGGAAACUCCUUGGUUUCAUAUGAAUCCCCAUCCUGGAUGUCCGAUUGGACCAGAGACCUGUCAAUCAAGCAAUCAGAGGAGAGAUGGACUGCCUUCAAGCAGGAAGAGGUCAGCAGAGGAAAAGAGUGUUGGUUUUCGACUGCUGUGGAAAACAUGCAUCUCACACACUCAUCUCCUAUUACUGUGCCAAAUGUGUUUUUAGAGUCCUUUCCCUAUCUAAAAUCCUCCUGUGGAGAUUCUGACUGCAUUCCCACACUGACAGAGCUGCAGCAAGGAUCUGCAGCAGAAAACAGACCGGGUACAAAUGGGAGGCAGAGUCUAUUGGACAACCUUCAGGAUCUGGACCGCAUGAUUGGUGUAAAAUACAAGGUGGCAGAGUCUCUGUCCCGUAAGCUUCUCCUGCAGUCAUUGAACUUAAGGACCCUGAACCCUGAGCGUGCAGGGAGCCGUAAACAGAACACGGCAAGGUUUUCACCCAACCUUCCAACGUCCAACCAGCAGUUAGCAGCUAAUGCUAAAAGAAGACUCUCUUAUGACAUCAACAGAAACAUCAUGUCAUAGUUUCUCCCAAUUCUAAAUCACUGCUGGAGAAAGGAUAACUUCAAAUGAAAUCAAGCAGAAUUGUUUUUUUUCCCUAUAAAGCCUGUACCUUCUUUUCCCUCUGCAGUCACAUGGGAGAUUUGUUGUUGUAUAUUUAUGUCUGUUAGUAUUUUAGUAUGUCCAUUUCCCCAACAACCUACUUAAAAAACGAAAGACAUCACAUGCAUCCUGAUGUUGCUAAAAAAAUAAAAAUAAAAUAAUAAUAAUAAUAAUAAUAAUAAAAAAUGGACAUUCCUGGGUCAACAAGGAUCAGCUUGAUCAUUUACACUAACUAACUUACUAACUGUAUAGUGAACUUUGCUACCAGUUUUGAUUAGACAAUAAAAGCAUUUACCUAAUGAUAGCUUGCUAGUGCUUAACAUCAGAGAUGUAAUGCAAAAGAUGAAACACUGAUGUUAGUUAAGCCAACUAGUUAGCUGGUUAACUUAACCAAUGUUGCCAUAAUACUAUGUUAUUUCUUUUUUUUCCCCCAUUCAUUCAUUAUCUUUAUCAUGUGUCUUGAUGGCCGAUCCAGAGAACCCUGGGUGCUAUGUAGGAAUCCAUCACAGGAUGCCUUCUACACAAUCCACACAUUCACUCACACAUAAGGGCAAUUUAGCAUAUGCAAUCCAUUUUUAGAAGGUAGGAGGAAACUGAAGAACCCAAAGGGAAAUCACGCAAAAAUGAAGAACAGAAACUUCUCACAAACAGUACCAAAUGCCACAGUAUGUAAUUACAUUAUGAUUGGAUAGUUAAAAGCAUAGCCUACGGUUAAUUUGACAUGAUUCAACAAUUUCACAUGAUGCAACAACCCAAUCAGUUUUCUCCCUUAUUGACCCAGGGAUUCUUUUGCUCAUUUGGCAGAUACUUUAAUCUGAUAGCAGAGAAACAGAAGAACAAGAGCAACAAUAAAAACAAUGAAGAAAGUUAUUUUGAAGGGCUCAAUAGCAGCACUCUGUAAUUAGUUUUCAAGUCACCAAUUAGGAAUCUUAUAGAAAUGAUACGACACUGAGCUGAAACAUAUUUACUAGUCCUGUGCCAAAACUUAAUCCAUGCUCUGUUACACUUUACAUUUUCUUCUUUGUAAUGAAGUUUUAAAUGCACUUAUUGUUCUGGUUCUGGUCUAUCCAGUUUCACUUGUUUCAGAAUAAAUAUUUGUUGUCCAAUCUAAGAUCCUAUCUCACUGUUCAGAGAAAUUAAUGAUUAAUGAUUUUUUUUAGACCAUUCAAAUCAAACUGCUUUUAUUUUCUUUAUUUUUCAUUUGAAUCUGCAGUGUGCCAUUUUUACCAAAUGUGAAAUUCUGAAGAAUAAAGACUGUAUUUUCUCAGUUUGUAGAUCAUGUACUCCUGUCAUGUUGAUUCAUAUAAUAAUAAUAAUGAUGCUGAUAAUAAUAAAAAAAGGAAUCAAUGGAUUUGACUUUGUUUUUGCAAAUGUUUGAUUGUGGUUGCAAAGAAUCAUUAGUUAUUUCUCACCUACUGAUUUUCCCCAGUGAAGUGUGAAGAAGUUAAAGGAACAGUUUGUCCUGAAAUGUAUGCUUGCUGUUUCAAGCUUGAUUCUUUCAUUUUUAAAAAAUUACAUUAAAAUACAUCUUUUGGCUCAGUAUUAUGUAAAUAA